UCUAUCAACAUUUUUGUUUGACAGUCAUCACGAAAAUUGUUCGGGUGGCAUCAUUAUUUUCCGAAGUUUUGCUGAUAUUAGUGGAUUUUACAACAAAAUAGGCGGAAUAUAAAUUUGCAACUGGAAAAUAUCAAUUAUACAGCUCGGAUACGAGGAGAUCGUUGUGUAUUCCAUUGAUUUACCGAGUUUUUGCACGACAAGCUGUGCUACACCGAGUUUGAACCUCAGCGGGCAUUCGAGAACAACAUAGCGGGUGCCUGUCCGUGUGUGCAUCGUCUCGCAGCCGAUGAGUAAUUGCGUGAACACUACAGAGAUUCCAUCGCUCCGCUGAAAGUCGACCCCUGAUGAAACUAUGGCGCUGGCAAAUAGAGAUAGAGAUGCUGAAGCAGGGAGGGGACGUCUGUCUCUCAAGCUAAAGAUUCAUACCAGUACACCCAAUCUACUAGAGAAGCAACCUGAAAUCAACAAUGGACCCAGUCAGGAAAGGGAACAGUUAAAUUCGAUGAGAUCAAGAAGCAUGGAAUCAAUUGGAAAGUUGAGCAUCUCCCCUGAUGAGACGUACGAGUUCACAUCGGCAGACUUGGAAGAUAUGGGAGAGAUUGGAAGGGGCGCCUUUGGUUCAGUCAAUAAGAUGUGGCAUAAACAGAGUCAGAGUAUCAUGGCAGUCAAGAGGAUACGUUCAACCGUAGAUGAGAAGGAUCAGAAGCAGCUCCUCAUGGAUCUCGAUGUGGUGAAGCGAAGUGCAAACUGUGUCUACAUCAUCAAAUUCUUUGGUGCUCUCUUCAAAGAGGGGGAUUGCUGGAUUUGUAUGGAGCUGAUGGAUUCCUCUCUAGAUAAAUUCUACAGAUUUGUGCACGAGGUCCAGAACACCUAUAUACCAGAAAACAUCAUGGGCAAAGUUGCUUAUGCGACAGUAAAAGCUCUCAAUUACCUCAAGGAAACACUGAAAAUCAUUCACAGAGAUGUGAAACCUUCAAAUAUCCUGUUAGACAGGGGAGGCAACAUCAAACUGUGUGACUUUGGUAUCAGCGGUCAACUCGUAGACUCAAUAGCAAGAACAAUGGAUGCUGGUUGCAAACCUUACAUGGCUCCUGAGAGGAUAGAUCCCUUCCAGUCCAGACCUGGCUAUGAUAUCAGAUCAGAUGUAUGGAGUCUGGGAAUCACAAUGUACGAGGUAGCGACAGGAGAAUUCCCGUACCCCAAAUGGAACAGCGUUUUUGAGCAGCUCUCUCAGGUGGUCAAAGGUGACCCGCCAAGGUUGAAACACAACGACAAGUACUCCUACUCAGAAGACUUUAUAUCCUUUGUCAAUAAAUGUCUCACGAAGGACGAGAAGUACAGGCCAAAGUACAAGAAUUUAUUAGAGUACAAAUUCAUCAAGGAUUAUGAACAUGCCAACAUCGACGUCGCAACCUUCGUCUCAGAGAUCCUUCUUGCAAUGAGAUCCACCUCACAAUGAGUGGACAGAGCAGAGUUGAGACUCUGGCUGGUCAUGCUUUAGGAUUAUCAAUGAACUUUCAGUGAAUUUCACGAGAGAAAACAAAAACAGCCAAACUCCAAUAUCUUCAAUAGUGUUAUACUUCGUGUUUUUUGUUUUCCCUCACGCAGAUGUUAUGCGUUGGACUGUUUUGAAAGAGUUCUAUCUUGUUGAGAGCAUCACAGAGUUUUAUUUUAAGGUGGGACUGCUUGAGAGAGUCCCAUGUUGUUGAGGGCUAACAAAGGGCUUUGAGUGAACAGUGCUUGUAGUUUUUUUUUGUGCUGUUUUGAUUUUUGUUUGGGGUUUUAAAUCCAAAGCUUCAUUUGUUGCCCUUUUUAAAAGUCACAAACUUCUUGAUGAAUGCUGUAAGUUAAUAUAUAUCACAGUGUUGCUAGCAAAGAGAGUGUGUAAGUAUCGACUCCGUGACUACUGAAUUCUCUUCAUCAUAUACAUACCACCCAGGUUCCUGUGGGUGAUGGUUUAAAAGCAGACAAAAGGCGCUCUCUGAUAUGAAUGUCCGGCCAUUUUUGCCCAGUGUUAUAAGAGCACUUGCCCAAAAUUUCAAGUAACUUCCAAAGUUGUUAUGUAUUUUGAGCCAAGGUAAAUGGGCAGAGUGAGUCUUUUGACUCAAGAGGCUGUCAUAGAUUUUGUUUAGUGGGCAAGCAUGCAAAAAGGAUGGGAAUACCCUUCAUUCAUCGCCCAUUUCGGUUGCUCACUGUUACGGAGAUUUUAAAAAUUUAAUUCUUGUUCAGACGCGAGGUUUUAAAUUGCUGUGGUUGUUAUUAUACCGACGUAAUUGAAUCGUUUCUGUAUCUUAUAACACAAAACUCGGCGAAUACGUGUAGGACCUAUGUUUUACCCAGCUGCCAUUCAUCUACAAGUAAUUUGAAAACGGCAGUGGUUUACCGCUUCACAGCCAAACAAACCUUUAUAGAUGAGAGUUGGUUAUGUCAAUACAAUUUGGUUUGCCACAGUUUCCAGAAUCAUGAAGUAGGUAUGAGGGUUUAAUAUCAUCUUGCAAUUUAAUGACUUCUUCAAAAGUAAGCUGCAUUUUGUUUUUCGCUGUCUCUCUCUCUGUUUGUUGGUUUGUUUUUAUGUCUGUCUGUUCCUCCACAUCAUUGUGGGGUAAAUAUCACUGGGUACGUGAGAGUUAAAAUUAAACUUAGGAAAUAGUGUUUCAAUUGAUGUAACUUGAGGCAAGAUAUUAAAUCAUUCUGUGCAAAGAAAACUUGAAAUGAAGUGUAUGAAACCUUUGAUCAUGCACAUAAAUUGUUGCUUUGUACAUUUUAGCAAAUCAUUUAAAUUGAAUGAUUUCUUGCAUUUAUGGGUAGAAAAAUGAAUUGCAAUUAUAUUGAGCUGCACACAAUGUAUGCCGAGUUUGUGAAUUUUCUUAAGAAGAGUUUGCUGCUUUUUAGUGUUGAAUUAAAAAUCUUUGCACUUACCAGGUCUUACUGUUACAACCCAGAUACAAAAAGUAUUAGAUACUGUAAGCUUCAGUUUUCAUCAUUAUCGUCAUCGAGGCCCAUGUUGGAAAACUUCAAUACCAACAACAAAAAGGAAUCUGUGAAAAUUGCUCUUUUACAGAUCGCCAAAGUCUCAUUUUGCCAAAGUUUCUGGUUUUAGAGUAAACUACACCUAACCAAAGUGAACACCAUGAGUGCUCUUUUGCAAAAACUCAGGGCAAACACACAAUUGUGACUAGUUACAGCAGUUCCACUACCAUAGAUAUAUGAAGUCUAGAUAAUACCAGACGAUCCAAAUUCAUAAAUGUAAUUAUGCAGAAGUUCUACAGUUUUACAUGAGCCAAAUUGAAAUGUAAACAGUACUAUCCCGUGAAAUGAAUGCUAGUUUAAGAAUGGUUUGCAGAUUUGUAAAGGUCUGCUUAGAAAGAGUAGUAUCAACAAACAUCAAAUGUAAUCAUAGAAUUUAGUCAGAAAAUUAGAUUAGCUUCCAAAUUGUAUGUCCCCUUUUCAAGAAUGGUUUUUCUUUCAAAUAAUACGUCAUUAGAUAAAUAAAUUUUAAUAAUGUAUUGUCAUCUGCAACACGCAAAGCCCAAUUACUCCAAUAUCAGUAUUGACAAAAAAGCAAAAUAUAUGAACAUUUUGGGAUAUCAUAGCAGGAGAUAACUCACGAUUGUAUACCUACCUGUAGUACAUUUAUAUCAAUUCCAUUGCUACUGACGGGCAAGUGUUUGUUGGAAAACUUGUGUAAAAUGCAAUGCCUCAUAUUCAAAUAAGGUAGUCCACUUCCUUGUUUUGUAAUUAUUGACAAUGGCAGAUUUGUAGCACUAACAUCACAGAAAUUUAAAUAGCUUUCUUUUCACCAGUAGAGGGGAGAAUGGAAUAUUUUUUCAUUCCAAAAGCGAGCAGUAUCUGUUAGAAUGUACGCAGGGAAGUAUAGAGUCACUCAACAAUGGUUAGAUCAAUGAGAGAGAAAUAGAUAUUUUUUAGAAGAGAAUCAUGAAUUUAUUAGUUAAUUGAUUUAAGAGUAGAGUAGACCAGUGAGUUGUGCAGAAGCAAUCAUGGAAUGUAUUUCACUAGAUGUGUGUGUGUGUGUGUGUGUGUGUGUGUGUGUGUGUGUCGUGUUCAUCGACUCUCAUGUGGAGCACGUGCAAACAAAAAUGGAGAAGUUUGACUUUUCAAAGGCAAAGAGAUUUUAAAGUGUAUAUUUGUGCUUGGAAAUGCAUGAAUUGUAAUUCAUGUUAUCUAUAGAAUAUAAAUUGUGUAGAAUAAUACCCUUGAAUGUUUGGGAGAUUUGAAAUUUCUUGAAGUAUUUAAAUGAAAAUUCUGGAAUUCUAGAUCUCUUUUCCCCCUUGUAUUUUUAAAGACAAAUUUCCAUCAUUUUAUUUCCAUUAUUCGAAAAGAUGAGUUUGCAAAUUGCAAUAUCCUUUUUUUUUCCCAAUAGUAUUUUGUUCAAUUGUAAUGUCUUCAAUUUUCUUUAUAUUUAGCACAUAUCUGUUUGGGGUUUGGAAGAUGUUGUCCUAUUCAAAGGAGAAAGUGUGCUCUGAAAUUUGAUCAAAAUGUCUCUUUAGCCCCAAAAAGACCCCCCCCCCCCCCCCCUCCCAAACAAAAAGUGUCUAUUACCUUUGAGUUUGCACUUGAAGUGCAGUGCUUCUUUGCUCUUGCUUCGUUAACUAUAAAAUGGUUUAGUCUUUAGGUAUUUGCAUUUGAAAAAAUAUUUUCUCGUGGUAAAUCAUCUUGUUUUUAUGUACAGUUUGUUUUAUUCAGCUGACAAGUCUAAACUUUCCACUCAAAUGUGAGGGAAUGAAUCAAGAAUAAAAAAGAGCAAAUUCAUAACAUUUUUUUUGUAUCAUCUUGGUUAAUUUCUCAACUGUUUUGCAGAGAGCUGUGAGGAUCUAUUGUAUCCCCCAUGCUUUCUUGAUGUAGGUAUUGUCAUGAACUGCACACCAAACAGCAUGGUCAUGCUGGACAUCUGCAGAAAUAUGUUUCUUGUAUCAUACACACAAAUAGUAGGUUAUGGGGAGGGUGGGGUAUGUGUUGUAAAGUAAUACUUAAAAAGAAGAUACAAACUCACAUUGAUCAGUAUUCUUGUGGGUCUGUUUUCCUUAAAAAGAAGUUUGUUUGUGUCUAGUUUGACCAUAGAUCAGUCCAUUAUGCCCAAACUGCAUGUUCUCUUCAUUUGUUUUGAAUAUUGAGAUGCAGGAAAGGGUUACUGAACAACCAAAUUGUGAUUUUCUUAUUUAAUGCCUGGUCUGUGGUCAAACUUUAAUAUGGAAAGCAGGCCCCUAUGUUUAUAGAUAUACAUGUAUGCUAAAAAUCAUGUAAUUCUCUUAAGAACUUGAAAUAAAUUUACUAAAGAGAAACAGAUAUUUGAUACAAGAUUAUUAUGACAGAUGUUGGUUGUUCUUGCGUUUUAAACAAAAAAAAUAGAGAAGAAUGUAUUUAUAUAUUAUAUAUAUGAUUGUUGAAUUAUUGUAUGUCUCGUUAUAUAUGGAUAGCCAUAUUAUUUGUUUCAAGAUGGAAAAUGUGAUAUCUGUUGUACAUGUUUAUGAAUACUGAAAGCUGUGUGUGUAAUGAUUUGUUCUGUAUACUAUUACUGAACAUUAAAAUAAAACUAACAGAAAGAAACAACGAAAA